CACGAUGGAGUCUAGUUGUACAUCAAAUCAUUCACCAUCAGUUCAGUCUCAAACAGAUACAAAAUGCAUUCAAUGUCAAAGUAUCUUUAAAAAAGCAAAGCAUGGAUAUCAGAGAUACUCGCUAAAAAAUUUGAGUAAGGCUUCGAAGUUCAAAGAUAUACCUGGAUUAACAGAGUAUUUAUUACAGAGAUGUGAAAAUCCUGAAAGCUCAUUUGUCUGUCAUAAAUGUGUCAAGAAAUAUCGGGAGAGUCACCCUCACCCAUCCAUGAUGGGGUCUAGUUGUACAUCAAAUCAUUCACCAUCAGUUCAGUCUCAAACAGAUACAAAAUGCAUUCAAUGUCAAAGUAUCUUUGAAAAAGCAAAGCAUGGAUAUCAGAGAUACUCGCUAAAAAAUUUGAGUAAGGCUUCGAAGUUCAAAGAUAUACCUGGAUUAACAGAGUAUUUAUUACAGAGAUGUGAAAAUCCUGAAAGCUCAUUUGUCUGUCAUAAAUGUGUCAUGAAAUAUCGGGAGAGUCACCCUGACCCAUCCACUGCUUCAUUACCUCAUCAUCUCCUGUUUCAUUCAUAUUCAUCCAACUUGCCCCAAGAACCUCAAAAGCGAGUUCCAGUCAAGCGUGUAUAUAAGAAAGUACGGUUAGAAGCAAUGAACGCACUAAAACAAUGUAAAUAUAGACGUCUUAUUAAACUUUUAUUUGAAGGAAGCAAGAAAUUCAAACAUGAAUUUCACAAAUUUCUAAGUGAAAAGGUAAAAAGAGAGAUAAAAACCUUCUCAAAACAAAUUAAGCCUUACAAAAACUGGAGGGAUUUAAUGGACCAAUCCAGCAGCAGUAUGCCAAUAUUAACAAGUACAAUUGAAUCAGCUGUGCCAAAACAAAAGAGCAUGAACGAAGAUGAUCAAGCUGCACGAGUCGGGGUGGUGACAUCUAUACUGUGCUAUCGCAAAAGUCGACUAUUGGGAAAUCAGUUUCAAAAGAUAACAAGCUAUCAACUUUCAAAGCAUGGGUGUGACAAGAAAAUGAUGCGUUAUCUUAACUAUCUGGGCAUUGCUGUUGGCCUUCAAGCAAACCAGAGCAUUGUUGAAAGAACAGACAAAGAAGAGCUUAAACAGUGGGAUGAAUUCUAUUCAACCAAGGGGAUCAAAAGGCCACGUAGUCCAGCAGAAGAGGAAGAAGAAAACAAUGCAAAUAAACAACAGAAGCUUGAUCAAAGCGAGAGAGAAGUUUAUGUACCUAAACUGAGCACAGAAGUUUAUGAUCGCUUAUAUCAACCCCAUGGCUAUGUCAAAUCAAGUAUCAAACCAAGUAGCGAAAUAGUGUCAAGACGUAGUGCAAGAAAGUGUCAAAAGAAAAUUCUAGGUAAAGAAUGGAUGACUGGACACAUAUCUGAUCGUAAACUGCUGCGUAACUCAGGAACCUCAGCAAAAAGUAAUAAAGAACCCAGAGACACAUCUGCUCGACAUAUAUCUGAAAAAAAAGAACCCAGAGACACAUCUGUGCGACAUAUAUCUGAAAAUAAAGAACCCAGAGACACAUCUGUGCGACAUAUAUCUGAAAAUAAAGAACCCAGAGACACAUCUGCAAGACA